GAUCCUGCAGGAAUCUUUGAACUGGUGGAGCUUGUUGGCAAUGGUACCUAUGGACAGGUCUAUAAGGGUCGUCAUGUUAAAACAGGCCAGCUUGCUGCUAUUAAGGUUAUGGACGUCACCGGGGAUGAAGAGGAAGAGAUCAAACAAGAAAUUAACAUGCUGAAGAAGUAUUCUCACCACCGAAAUAUCGCUACGUAUUAUGGUGCUUUUAUUAAAAAGAACCCACCGGGAAUGGAUGAUCAGCUCUGGCUGGUGAUGGAGUUCUGCGGCGCGGGCUCCGUCACUGACCUCAUCAAGAACACGAAGGGGAACACCUUGAAGGAGGAGUGGAUCGCCUACAUCUGCAGAGAGAUUUUACGGGGCUUGAGUCAUCUACACCAGCACAAAGUAAUUCACCGAGACAUCAAGGGACAGAAUGUAUUGCUGACAGAAAAUGCAGAAGUUAAACUAGUGGAUUUUGGUGUCAGUGCUCAGCUGGACAGAACGGUGGGCAGGAGAAACACCUUCAUUGGAACGCCUUAUUGGAUGGCCCCCGAGGUCAUUGCUUGCGAUGAAAAUCCCGAUGCCACCUACGACUUCAAGAGCGACUUGUGGUCUUUGGGGAUAACGGCCAUCGAGAUGGCAGAAGGCGCUCCCC